UAGUUGGCACUUGGCAACUCCACUUAUAGGAUCAAAAGACGGUGUGUAUAAAGAAAGAAAGAAAGAAGAAAGAACCGUUUUGGUUAUUGUUUGAGAGAUCAGAGAGAGAGAGAGAGAGAGAGAGAGAGAGAAAUGGGGAAUUGUCAAGCAGUGGAUGCUGCAGCUUUGGUGAUACAGCAUCCAAAUGGGAAGAUGGAAAGGUUGUAUUGGCCAGUGAGUGCAACUGAGGUUAUGAGGAACAACCCAGGUCACUAUGUUUCUUUGAUUAUUCCAUUCCCUGUUGCUGAAGAAGCUCAACAUCAACAACAGAAGAACAAGAAUCAUAUUGAAGACGACGACAACAACAACAACAACAACAAGAACAGCACUCUGCUUGUUACUCAUGUUAAGCUGCUUAGGCCUAAUGAGAUUCUCACUCUUGGCCAUGCAUACCGCCUCAUCACCACUCAAGAUGUUGUAAAAGUGUUGAGAGCAAGGAAGCUUGCAAAGUUGAGAAAGCCAUUGGAGAAGACAAGUGAGAUGGUGCAAACAGUGCAUCAUGAUAAGAAAAGCUCAGUUGGAGAAAAUGAAGAGAAUUUGAAUACAGGAAGUACAUAUCAGACAGCCAGAGCAGAGAGACAAAAGCUGAGAGCAGCUCCGGUAAAUCCUCCGGCAUCGAAGAUGAAACCAUGGCGCCCCUCCUUGCAGAGCAUCUCAGAGGCUGGAAUUUGAACCUUGCUAGGUUGUGGGCUUGUGGCUAACAUGUACAGUGCUUCAGAACAUCACAUGAAGUUUUUCUUUCAUCUCAGAAGGUGCCCCCUCAUUGAAUUCCUGACCCUGAUAACAUGGCCGAGGAUUCAACAGAGGUUAAAACUAGAUAGUUCUCUUCCAUCACCAAUCUCAUACUCAAAAAGUGAAUAACAACAUAUUUGUAAAGCACUAAAAGCAAAGGAAAAAAAAAGUAGUGAAUGUCAAAAUUUACCAAUAGUGAAGUUUUUGUUAUAAUUAAAGGAUCCAUAUGAUGCUAGAGAAAGGAAAAUUUCUUACAUUGGAAAUGACAACUAUGAAGUGGAAGUCACUUCAGCUUUGAGUUCCAAA